AUGGCGCGUACCGUGCUGGCAGCCGGCGCGCUGCUUUGCGCCCUGAGUAUAGCUCAACUUACGCGCGCGCUCAUUUUGCUGCCUCAUGAUGUACGACCUGGCCACGCAGUCCGUCACUUCACAGGAAAUCACUCUCGAUACACCCUGCUCGACCCCGAAUAUGCACCAUUCUUCACACUACUUGACGACGGCCUACUCAUGACUACUGCUGACCUAGAACCCCUCCUCAAUCAACCACUGGACCUUGCAAUACUAGAACAAACCCCGUAUAGUAGUUCAGCGCAUUCCAUCCAUCUUCUCGUGGUGGACAAAAGGCGCAUGCUUCAUUUUCCUGGCUCUGAAAACUUACGAGGGGAAAUACCAGAAAAUUCGCCAGUCGGAACAACUGUCGAUUUACCACCUAUAAGAGCUACAGCAUUUGUAGAUGUUGGUCCGAUAGCUUAUAAAAUAGUGAAGGGGAAUAAUGAUGCUGUGUUUUCACUCCGUGAAAAGAAUAAAGGAGAGAGUGUACCCUCGGUUGCAUCGGUGAUUACAGCAGGUGAUGUAGAAAUAAUUGCUUUGAAAUCUUUGGAUGCUGAAGAAAAAAGUCUCUAUGAUUUGAUUGUUCAAGCAACUGACUUACACGGAACCAAUAAAGCUAGUUUGCCGAUUCGUAUUGAUGUUAUGAAUGAAAAUGAUCAUGAACCAUUUUUUGAACAAGAGGUGUAUUAUUUCGCUGUAAAUGGUACUCCAAAUGAAAAUGGACCGAAUGGCACAGCCCAUUGGCAAAGAUUUUCUAGUAUUGGUAAAGUUCACGCAUUUGACGAAGAUGCUGAUCGUGUGUAUUAUUCUUUGACAAACCCCAGCAAUCUUGCAGUCAUAGUGCCUCAAACAGGAGAGCUAAUUUUGGCCGGAGAACCAGAUAGUCAUGAAGCUGAAUUAAGGGUAAUCGCACAUGAUACAGGUUCGCCGCCACGUAAGAGCCAACCCGCGCGUGUGAUACUCGAGUUCGUGAUUCACGAUCGAAAAGAUUUACCUACGCUUCACCGGGAAAAGCGUCGCGUCACCCGUGCGGUUCGACCAACGAAACGCAUAGAGUUCACGGAAGCCGAUGGCGAAGUAGAAGGACGUGCUGUUUUUACAUUAGAGAAGGAAACUGAUCGUGAGACAUUUAAAAUUCGGGACGAAAAUCCUUGGGUUACCGUUGAACCCAGUGGUGUAGUGAAAGUUAAAAAGAAGUGGGACUAUGAAGAGUUGGGGCCGGAGAAGACCAUCGACUUCUGGGUCACGAUCACCAACGCUGGAAAUGGAGUGUCAACAGUGGCACGAGAAUUAUCGGUGGGCAUGGAAUUCCCAUUAGGUACAAUGGUUGUUGAGUGGUGUUGUUCAGUUACGCGCGCGGCCGACCAGCCACCGCACAGCGUGCCCAAUGCGUCCCUAAUCGGAGACCUGUCGCACGGCCUCGUGGUGAACAUUAUGUGGGAGACUAAAACUCAUAGUCUCAGCUGGCUGGGCCACUUAGAGCGCAUGGAGGAGGCUCGGGACGUAAAGCGCGUGUACACGGGGUUGCCCUGUAGCGAAAAGCUGUUGGGUGCUCUAAGUACCGCUGGAAAGACCAAGUAG